UAAAAAAGAAGAGAAAGGAAGAGGCAAAGACAUGAGUCCGGCCACCGCUAAUUGGACCAAAGAAUCGGUGGAAGUAAACUCGUUUACGAUGAUGAUGGCGUAAUUGAAAGAAAUAUGAUCAAAAUCACAAUCAUAAACAACACCACCAACUCUCAUUCCUCAUAAGCAUAGAGAUAAACCUCUUUCUCUUUUUCUUCUCUUAAUCUCAAUUACCCACUUUCCUUCUUCUCAUGAUCUUCGAUCUUUUGCUCUGUGCUUGACGCCAUCGCCCCAAUAUCAACACAUUUUUUUUUUCUCUUUCUUCAACUCUUGGAACCCCCAACACUUGAUACAAACCCCCAUUCGCCUCUUUUUAGGUGUUUCCAGAUUUUACUUGACCAUGCGGUAAUGGAGCUCCUCACCAGGAUGAUUAAGUUUAUAUGCACUUCAAAAUUUAAGCUCUUAGAAUCGUGGAGAUUCAAACUGUCUUGGACGAAGUUGGAAGAAUGCCUAUGAAUUUUUUUCCCUCUGAAUUAAAUAGGAAUGUGCAUAGAUGAAAAAGGCAUACUUGAAAGACUUUUACUAUAAAAAUAAAGAGUAACCUGGAGAAAAAAACAGAUGGAAGAAUUUUCUAAAUAUGCUCAUAGUCCCGCUCAUUUAGCAGUUGUACGUCGAGACUAUGUUGCUCUUAGAUUCAUUGUCUCCACGCUACCACGACUAGCCAAGGCAGGUGAGGUCAACACCGAAGCAGAAUCAAUUGCAGCAGAGCUACAAGCUGAUGCUUUGUCUGCUGUUAUUGAUCGACGUGAUGUUCCAGGACGUGAGACACCUCUCCACCUUGCAGUACGACUUUGCGACCCAAUUUCUGCAGAGAUUUUGAUGGCUGCUGGAGCAGAUUGGAGCCUUCAGAAUGAGUAUGGUUGGAGUGCUCUUCAGGAGGCAGUUUGCAGUAGAGAGGAUACAAUAGCUACGAUUAUUGCACGGUACUAUCAGCCUCUGGCUUGGGCAAAGUGGUGUCGUAGGCUUCCUCGCAUUGUUGCUUCAGCAGGUCGGAUACGUGAUUUUUAUAUGGAAAUGACAUUUCAUUUUGAGAGCUCUGUAAUUCCAUUUAUUGGACGAAUAGCUCCAUCUGAUACAUACCGGAUUUGGAAGCGUGGUCCCAACCUUCGUGCAGAUAUGACCCUAGCUGGUUUUGAUGGUUUUCGAAUACAACGAUCUGACCAGACAUUUCUCUUUCUUGGAGAAGGCUACUCAUCGGAUGAUAAAGUCCUUACUUUGCCACCUGGUUCUUUGAUCAUUCUUACCCACAAAGAGAAGGAAAUUACAAAUGCUCUGGAAGGAGCUGGUGCACAACCAACUGAUGCCGAAGUUGCUCACGAAGUGGAUUUAAUGUCAAGGACAAAUAUGUAUAGACCAGGCAUUGAUGUAACUCAGGCUGAGUUGCUUCCUCAUUUAAAUUGGCGACGUCAAGAAAGGACUGAGGUGGUUGGAAAUUGGAAAGCAAAAAUAUAUGACAUGCUUCAUGUAAUGGUGAGUGUGAAAUCAAGGCGGGUUCCUGGAGCUAUGACUGACGAAGAGCUAUUUGCUGCUGAUGAUGAAGAUAGAGUAGCCCGUGUUGGUGAACGUGAUGAAUACGACGAUAUAUUAACAGUUGAGGAGAGAAAGCAAUUGGAUUCAGCGCUUCAUAUGGAGAACUCAGAUACCCAUCUUGAAUAUGAGGAGCAAGGGGUUAUAGUUAGUCAGGAAAAUGCAUCCAUAGGUUCCUGUGAUAGUUUUGAGUCCAAUGGUGUUGCAAAGGAAAAGAAGAGCUGGUUUAGUUGGAACAAGAAAACUGCAAGGAGUAACAGUGAUGAGCCAGAUGAUUCAAAGGUCUUGAAGAAAUCUGCAAAGUCAGCCCCAGAAGGUAGCGAUCAUAAAGUAGUCGAGCCUCCAAAUUCUUCUGAUUUGUCUUUUGAAGAUACGAGGGAUAAUACCAAGAAGGGAAAAGAUAAAAGUAGUAAGAAAAAGAAGAAGAAAGGAGCCACUAGUGAAUCUAAAGGUGAGAGUGAGUACAAAAAGAGUUUGAGACCAGUCUUGUGGUUGACACAAGAUUUCCCAUUAAAAACUGACGAGCUCCUGCCUUUGCUUGACAUUCUUGCUAACAAGGUGAAGGCUAUUAGGAGAUUAAGGGAACUUCUAACUACCAAGUUGCCUCCUGGUACAUUUCCUGUGAAGGUUGCCAUCCCUAUCGUCCCAACAAUUAGGGUUCUUGUUACUUUUACGAAGUUUGAAGAGCUUCAGCCAGUGGAAGAAUUUGCGACUCCUCCUUCGAGUCCAGAACAUUUUCAGGAUGCUAAAGUUAAGGAUUCAGAGGGAUCUUCAUCAUGGAUUCCGUGGAUGAGAGGAAGUCGUGGUGGGCAAUUAAGUGAUGGCGACAGUAAUAAGGAUGAAGUUGAUCCCUUCCACAUACCCCCAGACUAUAUUUGGGUCGAUGCUAAUGAGAAAAAACGGCGGAUGAAGGCAAAGAAAGCCAAGAGUAAAAAGCAUCGAAAGCACACGACUGCUAAAGGUGGAAGUACUGCACCUCAGUUAAAUUGACACUUGAGCUUUUAGCUUGGCCUGUGUCGCUUUGGUUCCGGAGUAGGUUCAAAAUUGACGAAAACCAAACUGCUUAAAGGGUUAUUCGCAUAAGCUUGGUGGCUAUCUUUUCUAAGGAAAAGAAAGAAAACUUUGGGUUAAUGCCAUAAAAUCUUUGCUUGUAUAAUAUAUGAGUGUAAAGGAAUAUUGUUCUGAACAAGGAAUGGAAUUAGUGUUGAAACGAAGAUAAUGCCAAUGAUUUGGUAUAAUUCCUUUACCGAUCUAAAGUUGGUGUUUUCUCUAAAUGGAUGUCUUUAGACCAAGUAUUUGGGGCUAUUCAACUUUCAUCUUGCAACCAAGUUUUUGUCAUUGGUUCUGUUAGAAGACCAGUUUUUGUUUUAUUCUUCUAUUAACUUUACAAAUUCCUUUUCUUUGUGUUGUCUUGUAUUGAGAUUUAUGGUAACAUUGUAAGAGUUGAUACAUUGUAAUCGUUUGAACAAAUGUCCAAAUGAGAAGUGGGGAGAUUUAACUCUACUUUGUGAAUUCAACUAUGGUGGGCUAGAAAGGCCAAACAAGAAUCGCCAUUUGAAAUUUUUUUGUUUUUUUUUUCAUUCAAUAAAUAUGGGGUGGAACAUUGUACAA